AUGUCUUUUUUUGGUGCAUCAGAAAAGUCAAGUAAGGAGUACGAAACCGAGCGACAGGAUCUCGUGCAUUUAUCCCGUGAUAAUUUCUCACGACGUCUGCGCCUUUUUAGCCGAAAUAACUUUGACAACAAACAGCGUCUGCUGCUUCACGCACAUUUGAUGGAACUGCUUCAGAGUCGACUGUCAAACGUGACAGACAAGAUUAUCCACGAUUACAUUCGUUUGGCUUAUAUUGCUGAGUUUUAUGAUUUAAGUCUGACUAUUUUUCAUGCACGACAUCGGUUAGACCUUCACCAGGGACAGAUUAGUGAUGAUGCAAUGGCAAGAAAAACACCUAGUGAUGCCAAUGCAUCUUCUAAUUUGUUGACAUCCCUCCAGAAUGUCAACGACGUCGGGGUUUCGGAUGCAUCUUUGCCAUCGCAAGGUACGAAAAACUCCUUUGUGGUGUCCGAGUACAUCGUUGACAGUGCCUAUGCUCUGCAACAUCAUGCGGAGCUGGUCCGACUGGCGUCCUGCUGUAGUUGUUAUCUACGAGAAUGUGCGACGAUCCCUGGCGUUAUACCAGAAACAAUGGCUUAUUUAUCUCUGCUGCGUUGUUUCUGGCGCGCAGUAUGUCUCUCGGAGGAAUUUUCUAGGGAAGAGGCCGACAAUGGCAGUGGUGGUAAUAGCAAGCAGACACUUGAUGAUGCACGUUAUAUCAUGAAACAUUAUGUGACACCACUCUUCCCUAUGAACAAUACUAUGACUCAUUCAUCAAGAAGUACGAUUUUAGAUUCUUUUAUGCGGAGCGUUGUGCGUGUGGUAAAGUAUGACUCUAGUGGUGAUAGCGGCGAGAUGCUUUUUUUCAAACGUUGUCUUGAGCUUGGAUUCUUCAACACAAUAUUGACCAAUCACCAAUCUUUCCAAAGAAAGAGCAGGAAGGAUACAGUUGAGUCUAAAAAUGGUGGUCCCGAAACGCAGGUCGGGGUUCUUACUCAUGAUGAAUACGAACACGAUGAUGGAGGCAUCUUGCACACAGAAGUAGACCUAUCCAUUCUUACGAUGCCCUCGACAUCGCAUUCUACUAGUGAUGUUGAUUUUUUGUGUGCGCAUCUCAUUAAUACGUGCGCAGCUGGUAAACACACUGCGACUGCAAUGACUUACCUAGACUAUGCUCGGAAAAGUAUCGGUUUACCGCCUAUUCUUAUUGGUAGUCUGGAUGGUACGCGUGGAGGCUUUUUAGUCGGGGAAACCACUAGUAAAAAAACAAGUGAUGUUAAUGGUGCAGGUCUGUUCAGCAUACCUCAUCCUUUAAAAUCAAUACAGGGGGAUGCUUCUACAGCCACGCAAGUAUCAGUCUCCGAAUAUGUCUUAUAUCGCCUUCUUCAUGUUUUGCAUAUCACCCGCGAUAACAGUCAUAUCAUUGAUCUGGCACGUACGAUGCUACGAGAAUGUGGUGCCAGCAGUAUUGGCAUCAGUGUGUGGUCCAUUAUCCUUGUGUCCGCCGGCGAAGUUCGUGCGACUGAUGUUGCCCUCGAGGCGUAUCACAUCGCCCGGAGUUUACUUCAGGACAGCGGCGAGGUGACGAUGUCCCCUACUGAGCAGCAAAAAUAUGAGUAUCUGCUUCAGACUUCCCUUAAUACUCUGUCGAAAUGCCAAAUGAAGAACUUCGAACAACAGUACCUUAUACCGUGCCAGGAGGCCGGCCUUUUGAACUGCACCGAGGAGUUUUACUUUUGUUGCUUGCUCCAGGACGCCCACAAUUCGUUAGACCCUGUGGGCCAAUGCAGGGCCAUUCGAAAUCGUAUGAAUGAUCGAGAUGUUGCACUUACUGUUGGCAUUGUCUCGCGAUUGCUCAAGAUCUACCUGAGAAUGGAGUCUGUGGAAUUUUUUCAAACCUAUAGGCAUGCAGUGCAAGAUUUAAAGCUUUCUAAACCCGCUUGGGUCGACUCACUCUUGUUGUGGGCCGACCGCCGCAGGUACUUCCUGAAACAGGAGGAACGGGGUUACAUUAUCAGUGAAGUACGGCGGGUAAAGGCCAACAUCAAAGGGAACAGCACUGAUACCGAUCUUAAUAACAACAUUAACAACGCAUCGUUUAGAGGUUUGUUAGGUGGAUUGCGUACCCAGUACGCCUUGAUCGAGUAUGAUUACAAUCAACAACCACUUAAGUACUUUCUGAAGCAUCGAGAGGCCCCUCCUGUGGAACCGACGUUGUUAGACUCUCGUAUGCACUUUUUGCUCAAAAAACCGUACUGUGUGGCUCAAGGACUUGCAGGGACGCCCAACGGGGUUGACGGCAAGUCGCCGCUUUCAGUGAUAGCGGAUCCUGUGCGUCGGAUAGAAAUAUCAUGGCGUGCAUCUCUUCUUGGGCCGCUUCCUUUGCUAUUGAAAAUCACUUCUGGGGGUGAUGAUGAUAAUGAACAGCACCAUCAGCGAUUCUCCGUCUCACUCGGUAGUCAUCCUGACUCUUCCACAACUACAGCAACCAACGAUAGAGAGGUAGAGUGUCAAGAAGAGGCUUUUCGGGUGUAUCUGUCCUACAUGUUGGAGGGGUUACAGAGAUCGAGAAAUUUUGUCUAA